GCCGCGGGAGCGGGAAGGAGCUCUCCUUUUCCCUUCGCUGCUUCGGCGAUCUAAUAAAACCCUAAACCUAGAUCGGCGAUAAGAACCCUAGGGGAUUGUGUGGGGAUUCGGAAGAGAGGCUUAACUAUCCCCGAACGCGGUUUGGAAUGGUUUUGGAAGAGGAGAGUAGCGACUCUGGUUGACAUUGUUAUGCCCUCCUCUCGCUUCCUUCUGCCGCAUCACAUUGUGCUUCCGUCAUUCAAUGGGGGUCAUGCAUUGUGAUCUCAAGCCUGAAAUUUUUCUUUUUGUCAACCAAAUGAAGGAUGCUCCUCUUAAGACUAUUGACUUUGGAUUGUCAAUUUUCUUCUGACCAGGAAACAUUUCUAUGAUGGUGAUCCAGUAGAAUUGCUGCAACUUCAUCAUUCUAUCUCAUGGCGGAUAGUUCCACUGAUUGAUUGCUGGAGCCUUUAUAUCAGCUUGAUGCACACAGUUUUACAGUAUCUUUGUAUGUCUACACAGUUGGUUCUCUUGGAUUGUGUGAAAUGCUUACAUAUGGCAUGUCUCAGAGAAAGUAUGAUAUAGAUUCAUUUAAGAAAAUCACAUUCUUGGUCUACUAUAGUUUCAUAGCUGCAUCAGUUGUGUACUAAUUUUUUAAAAAUGAAUUUUUUUCUGGUUUAUUAAUCAGCACAUUCUCUUUAUCAGGAGAAAUAUUCACUGAUGUGGUUGGUAGUCCUUACUAUGUCACACCAGAAAUCCUGAAAAAAUGAUAUGGUCCAGAGGCAGAUGUCUGGAGUGCUGGAAUGAUCAUUUAUAUUCUUCUUAGUGGCGUCCCUUCAUUUUGGGCUGUUGAGAAAUUUGUCCUUCGCUUGUAUCUGCUUAGAGUUUGCUUAGACAGUUCAUUGAUAUGCAUCACCAGAUUUAUUUUUAUGUUUGUACAUAUAAACUGAUUUAGUGCUUCAUAGGUUACUAUUUAUCUAUGAUCUUCUCAACUAACAUGUGCUGUAAUUUACAUCACACCCAGAAACCGAGCAAGGUAUAUUUGAAGAGGUUUUACACGGCAAACUUGACUUUCAGUCAGAUCCAUGGCUCAGCAUCUCGGAUAGUGCCAAAGAUCUUGUAAGAAAAAUACUUGUUAGGGAGCCCAAGAAGCGGUUGACUUCUCCUGAUGUUUUGUGUAAGUUAUACUUUAAUCUAGAUGUCUUCGCUGUUGUAAGAAACUACUUGAAAUCAUGACUUUUAUCAGUGUGAUUGAUUUUUUAUUGCAUAAUCAUACUUCAAGAUAACAUUGGAUCAUGAGAACACAUUCAUAAGACAAAAUUUUAGAUGUAACUUAGAUAGUCAAAUUAUCUCGACAUCACUAUCCCAUUACAUGCAGAAGUUAGAAGCUCUCUUGGAUUUGUCAGGUAAUUUGCCUAUCAUGAAUUUCAUGGCUUCUGAGGGAAUUAUGAUGGUAGAGUUCUAUGGUGAACUGAGCUUUCUCAAGUUACUUUUGGCUUCCUCCCAGGUCAUCCUUGGGUUCAGAUUGAUGGAGUGGCUCCUGACAAACCUCUGGAUUCUGCAGUUCUAUAUCGCCCGAAACAAUUUCUGCAAUGAACAAACUCAAAAAUAUGCUAUCAGAGUUAUUGCUGAACACCUUUCUGAGGAUGAAAUUGCUGACCUUAAGGAGAUGUUCAAGAUGAUAGAUGCAGACAACAGUGGGCAGAUAACAUUUGAAGAACUCAAGGUUGGAUCGGAAAGGGUUGGUUCUACUCUCAAGGAGUCAGAAAUUUUAUGCACUUAUGCAGGCAGUAGGCAGAUGUUGAUAACAGCGGGACCAUUGAUUAUGGCGAGUUUAUUGCUGCCACUUUACAUCUGAACAAGAUAAAGAGGGAGGAUCAUUUAUUUGCAGCCUUCUCAUACCUUGACAAAGAUGGGAGUGGUUACAUAACUCAAGAUGAACUGCAACAGGCUUGUGAAGAGUUUGGUGUCAAAGAUGUGAAGCUGGAGGAUAUGAUCAGAGAAGUAGAUCAAGAUAAUGAAGAUGGACGCAUAGAUUAGAAUGAUUUUAUCGCUAUGAUGCAUACAGGAAACACUGGAUUCAGCAAGAAAUGAAUGCAAACUAAUUUCAGUAUUGGUUUUAGGAAGGUUUUGAAGCUCGGUUAACGAGGUUAGUUCCGAGGUUCAUAUUCUUUUUUUUUUUUUUUUUUUGUAAUUAUUACUUGUAGAGUUGUCUUAGGACCUGAUAAUUGAGAACUGAGUCUCUAUGUUGUAUUCUAUUCAUAAGCCUGCAGUAGUUUUGAAACCCAUUACAAGUUUUAGAGAGCUUUGGUGCCCUUAAAAUUGCAAAAAGAUGAACAAAUUCACCUUAUGUACUGGUGGAAUAUGUCCAGAUUUGUUUUUGAGAUUUGAUUCAAUAACUACAUGUUGAAGCA